UUUUUAGAAACAUUUCAGCGGUUGACGAAAACGGAUCUUAAAGCGGAAACUGAAUAAAAAAGAAAAAUAAAAAAACGGAAAAAUUAAAUUAAAAGUAUUAGAAGUUUUUCUUAAAAAGUGCUCCAAUAUGAUGCGUUUAUUGCAAUCACGGGCAACAUUACCCACUGCUAAGGAUAAUGUUGCCAAAAUGUUUUUCAGAUCACGUCAUCAAGGCAAAGUAAUUGCCAUACGUCGUGAAGAUCAAUCGGUAUGGGAGCGUAGAGCUGCUUUUGGACCCUCACAUGUGCAAAAAAUGGUUAAACAGGGUGUUAAGGUUAUAGUGCAACCCUCUAAUCGUCGUGCCUAUCCCAUGCAGAUUAAAAAUCUUUAUCAUUUAACGCCAUAA